AUGUCUUCUUUGCAGCAGGAUCAAGCACAAAAGCUCUUAGACAGUCGUCCGGUGGAGGACUCGGAACUGACCCACGUCACGCCUGUUGAAGAAGUCCCCCAUCAGAAUGAGCCUUCCUCCUCUUGCGAGGCCGACCCACCGUACCUAAUGGGAAAUAAGGAGCCUUUGUCAACACUAGAUGGAGAAAAUGAGAUGUUGCAGACGGUGGAGAUCUCUCCCAUCUUUCGAACUCAGACCGCUGGGUCUCGUACCUCAUCCCCACAGAUACUUUCACGUCCUCCACUGGAGGUCAUCACCAGCUCCUCAAAACCUAUUGUUAUCAACUACCAGGUCUCAAUGAAGACGAUAGCGGCUGCGCAGGCUGUUAUUUGCACUUCCUUAACCGCAGCGCUCCUUCUUGAGCGACGCUGGCUGCCACUGUCGAGAGCAGUCCAAGUAUCCGUCGCCAGGGGCGUCAACGAUGGCCCGUUCAAUUUUGUCCGGGAAGUUAUCUCAUGGCGAGCUCUGAGAGCAUCCUUGAGCCUGGAAGUUUGCUUGCUUAUCAUUGUUACUGCGGCGACCUUUGGAACACAGUUCACUUCCACCAUUCUUGUCUCCGGCUUCGACGCAACGACGCUGGUGCAGUUCCCCGAGAAGCUCCAUCACAAUGUGAUCCUGUCAGUCGAGGCAGCCCAGAAUGUCAGCAAGAUCAAUUCGUUCUCGCAGUUCCCUCCGUCUUACGCCAUUUUCGGCGAGGUGGACACAAACCAAGCACCUGACCCUGGCCCUAAUGGUGUUUCGGAUACAGGCGCAAAGUCUCGCUCCUUCUUGCCCUUCCAAGAGGAACAGCGCACAAAGCUUCGCAAGUACGAGGGACCCGCCUUCUCUGAAACGACCCAGGUGAUGUGCAUGAGACCCUUCAUCGAGGCGCAAGUCUUUUCGGACCACGUGAUGACGGCGCGGAGCGCACUGGCAUUGCCCUUCAUUGAAGGUACCAUCUCCUACGACAAGACAUUCAAAGAAGCUGGCUUGGAAAUCUGGACGAUGUGUGCCGAAUCAAAUGGCAAAACAGGUCACACUGGCAGCCUGAACCUAUGUUUGCCACAGAACAUUUCCUGUACUUUCUCCUUGAUGGAGGAAGGAGACUCAAGCGAUCUACCGAGCAUAGGACUAUGCCAUCUCGGCGCAGAUGUCAUUAACAACAUCAGCGAUAAUGACCAAGAAAACUACUCGAUUGAGAGUUACUGGAAUGACUCGAAUCCGCUCUGGUCAGCCAACGCCUAUCCGUGGAUUUAUCUCACACUGGGCACCAACUUGACCUCUGACGCAUGGAUUCAAGACGGCCCCAGGGACAGUAACUCUUCGAUCGUGCUGGGUUCUCCCGUUGCACAAAUUUCUGAGUGGCACAGCUAUCAGAUUCUACCGAAUAUGAUUUUGAACCUCACUCUAUGCUUCGCCGGACUCGCAACGGGCAUAUACGACGUGUCGAUGGCUACAACGCUCAAUCUUAUGGAGACUAAGGUCAGAUGGACCCCAGCAGGCAGCGAGGAAGGGGCAGAGUCCGGGCAGAAUUUCAUGGGGACAACCAUUCCUCACUUGACCGCCGCGGAGAGGGGAGUCAUGUCAAUUUCAGCAGUCCGUGAUUCUACUGGCCUCGCGUUGGAAGACCUAGAUACCAGCUCACAUACGCUAUGGAUGGGCCCAUUUGGGUUUACAGGCAUGGCUGCGGCAUCUAACGGUGGCAGCUGGGUCAUGUGCAACUUCUGUCAAUUCGAAGGCUGGGCAAUCCCUCCCGGAAUCGCCGCAUUGUUUUCGAGAACCAUACACACCACGGGCCGAGCGGCAUGGGCCAUCCAGACUUUUCUAACCAUCUACACAGAAAGCUGGUAUUCACAGAUCCUGCCCCAGUUCGAUGUGGCCUCCGACAUCCGCGUGACCUCUACCACCGAUGUCCGGGUUCCGAAGAGCUGGGCCGCACUUGUUGCGGUUCUUGCCAUGACUGUGGUCAAUCUGGUCUGUGUGUGGACGAUUACGGUGCUAUAUGCCGUACAUUCCAGGUACUCUUGUCAGGGCAAUGUGUGGCACACCAUUUCGCAACUCAUGUCGGACCAUACGAAGCCGAUUUUGGAACAGAGUAAUCAGAUGAAGGAUAGUGAGGUUGCAAAGCGAGUGGAGAAGGAUGAUUAUUUGGUAUUCAUCGGAAGAUCCAAGGGCUCAGAUAAGGUGACUGUGCUUAAAGCUUGA